AUGGCUACGGACCACUCUCGAGUCAUCAAUUUUGGUGCGGGACCGUCUGCGCUGCCCGUUUCGGUGUUGGAGGAAGCAGCGAAGGGCCUCCUUAAUUUCCAGGGCACAGGCAUCGGCAUCGCCGAGAUUUCCCACCGCUCAAAGGAGUUCCAGGCUUUCCUCACCAACCUCGAGUCGCUCAUCCGCACGCAGCUCAAUGUGCCCUCGACGCACCGGAUCCUCUUCACACAGGGCGGCGGGACGGGCCAGUUUUCUGCCGUCGUGUUGAACCUCCUCGCGCGCUACCGGCUGCUGCACCCCGAGCGCACUGUGGAGGACACCGUGAUGGACUACGUCGUGACGGGCUCCUGGAGCAGGAGAGCCGCGGAGGAGGCGCGGCGCCUCGGCGGCGGGCGCGUUAACGUCGUCGUCGACGCGCGCACGCAUUCCGACGACGGCAAGUCGUUCGACCGCAUCCCGCCGCACGAGGCGUUCCACUUCUCCCCGGACCCUGCGCUUGUAUACUACUGCGAGAACGAGACGGUUGACGGCACCGAGUUCUCGCACGACCUCGCGUCCCCCAGCGCGUUCCCAUACCACCUGCUGCACCAGGAUACUCUGGUCCCCCUCGUCGCGGACUAUUCCUCCUCGUUCAUGUGCCGCCCAAUCCCCCGCCUUGCGGACCACGCCGUUAUUUAUGCGGGCGCACAGAAGAACAUCGGCCCCGCCGGGCUCACGAUUCUCAUCGUCCGGCAGGAUUGUAUCGUCGAUGUCGACGCUGCGGCGCUGCUGGGUGCUUCGCCCGUUCCCUUGACAAUGGCAUACAAGACACUUGCAGACUCCGGCAGCCUGUAUAACACGCCGUCCGUGCUCCCGAUAUACAUCGCAGGUCUUGUACUUCAGGCGAUGCAGAAGAAUGGUGGACUGCGGCACUAUGAGGACAUGAAUAGGCGGAAAAUGCAGAAGGUAUAUGCGGCACUGGAGGAGGGCGAGAAGGCGGGCGUGCUACGCAGGAAGGUGAAGGAGGGCUCGGGGAGUUGGAUGAACGUUGUUUUCGAAGUCGUGGGCGCUGAUGCGGAGAAGAAGUUCUUGGAGGGCGCGGAGCAACGAGGAAUGAAGGGACUCAAAGGACACCGAUCGGUCGGAGGAAUACGGGUGUCACUGUACAACGCCAUCACAGAAGAGGAAGUGGAUCAAGUGGUCGACCACAUGAAACAAUUUGUCUCUCAACAGACAGAAUCACUUUGA